AUGCGAUUCUAUGUCAAUUUUACUCUCUUCUACACACCUCGAGACGACGCCAAAAUGCCACAUCCACCUUGGCGCGGGUUAGUCCCUCCCGGGCUGCCCUAUGCCGUCGGACGCGGUGCCACAUGGUAUGCAUGGGAUCUAGGCCUAAUGGUGGAGCUUUAUCUCGACUAUUGUGUGCCCAUCUUUCUACCAGCAAGCUAUUUCCCUUGUACUCUUUUCAACUAUAAUCGUACUGCCUACCUCGUUGCUCCAAUAUCCUCAGGGUACGGACCCUGCUGUGUUUAUAGGAAAAAUUGGAGUCCUGUUCAUCGUGAUUUCAUGAGCCAGUUCGCAAAUUACUACGAUCGUACGACAACAGGAUUUGGCCCAGGCGCUUUUCAACAGACACUAGAUUGGUGGGUUAUACCUGGUUCUGACGUAAUUCUAAGAAAACCUAACUUACGGGAGGAACCGAAGAAAUGGAAGAGCGAAAAAAUUCAAGAAGAAGAAGAAAAACAGAGAGAGAGAAUUGAAAUAAACAAACAUAAAUUGGGUAAAUAUGGAUGGUUCUCAUCAUUGGAUCUUGAUACAAUAUCUCGGCCAACAGUUCAAGACAAAGUAUUCGGUGGCUAUGGGUGGGCAAGGAAGGCUUCAAAGAGGCAAGAUUUUUUCAGAUAUAGAGCUCCUGUUACAUUUUGGUACGUCGGUAACGUUGGUUGGGCACAGCAGAUUUUUGAAGAUUUCCACGAUGAGGGUCCAAGAACACGAGAACUGGAGAAUUUCGAUUUACCGGACUCGUGUAAUACGCAGAUUGCUUGUCUUUUUGAACCUUAG